AUGGUUAUCCUUGACGGUGGUGGUUGUAGAGGUGAAGGUGAAAAUUGUGGUGAUGAUAGAGGAGAAAAUGGUGGUAAAGGUGGAGGUGAAGAUGGAAAUGGAUGUGAAAAUGAUAGUGGUGAAGAUAGAUGUGAAAAUGGUGGGAGAGGUGGAGAUGGAUGUGAAAAUAAUAAUGGUGAUAGAGGUGAAAAUGGAGGUAGAGGUGGAGGUGGAUGUGAAAAUAAUGGUGGUAAAAGUGAAAAUGGUAAUAGUGAAGGUGAAGGUGGUGAUGUAGGUGAACAUAAUGUUGGUGGUAGUGGUGAAACUGGUGAUAUUGAUGGAGGUGGUGGUGGUGGAGGUGAAGCUAGUAGAGGUGGUAAAGGUGAAGAUGAUAGUGGUGAUGGUGGAGGUGAAGAUGGUGACGGUGUGAGUAAAAGUAGACAUGAAGAAGGGCUUGAGACCAGCAAAAGACCAAGGACAAACAAAUCAUCUAGAGAACCUUCUCUAGAGAAUAACAAAAUGGCUUCUCACACUGGUGAAGGAGGAAGCCGUGCUAGGCGUACCUUGGUAGAUUAUACCACAGUUGUUGGCCCACAUCGCUUCAACAGCAUUGCAAGACCAAAGGUCAAUGCAGCAAAUAUGGAGAUGAAGCCUGCUCUAAUUCAACUGCUUCACUCAAUGGGAGGAUGUGGUGGCCUAAUUCCUCAACAAAUACUUCCCACCAAACAUGGUAGUAGUGAUAAUGAGACACUCAGUGAGAGGGGGAUGCCAUCCCAAACUAAAGGGGUUUUCCAACUGGAGCCCUAUGAUGCCUUGCUCGCCCAAAAUAAGAUCAUCACUCAACAAUUGGAGAUCCUUACCAAGAAAGUGAUGCAGCCACAGAAGGAACAUCAAAAUGUAGCACAAUUUCAGCAACAACUCUGUGAAUUAUGUGGUGGGGACCAUAUUAAUGGUCAAUGUGCAAUGCCCGAGAACCUAAAUGAAGAAGUCAAUUACAUGGGCAAUCAAAACCAGUUUCGCCCUAACAAUUACAAUCAAGGGUGGCGAUCUCACCCAAGUAAUGGACCAGGACAAUUUGGGCAAACUGAUGGACAAUAUUAUAAGCCCCCACAUCAGCAGCAACAGUGGCAGCAACAACCCCCCUCUUCAGACAUGAACGCACAACUUCAGGAAACCCUCAACCAAUUCAUGUAG